CAUUCAAGCUGAAAUUAUAAAUUAAAGCUGGAAUUGGCGAGAACUGAGAGGCCGAUUCGAAGUGUCGGCCAAUGAAACUUUCCCGCCAAGGCGAAGCGUUCGAUACUUCUACUACCGUAGCGUCCAAUGACGUGGCAGAGUUUCUUCCUACGUAGCAGCUUCUACGCUUCGAAGCGGGAACGUUGCGCGCCAAUUGGUCGUACAACGCGCAUUUACUUAUGCUUUAACGGCGCCCAUAUCGCCUCGUAGGAGAAGGUUGGACUAGCUUGAUAGCCUAAAAGUCCGAUCCCGGCUCAUGACGAACGCAGUGUGUCAGUGCGUGCGAAAAGUACAACAUUAGAAUUCAAAAUGUCCAGCGACGCAUUCGCUGGGCUCAAUGGCGCGACGAACAGUUAUCUUCUUUUGGAAGAUGGUAGUAUUUUCAUGGGAAAGCACUUCGGUGCCGACGUGCCUGUCGAUGGUGAAAUUGUUUUUCAAACUGGUAUGAUCGGUUAUCCGGAAUCACUCACGGAUCCUUCUUAUCAUGCUCAGAUUUUAGUACUCACAUACCCGCUUAUAGGAAACUAUGGCGUCUUUGACGACGAAAAGGAUGAAUACGGCAUACCGUACUGGUUUGAAUCCCAUCGUAUUUGGGCUGCUGGACUUGUAGUUGGAGAAAUUUGUGAAAAGCCUAGCCAUUGGCGACAAACUAAGACGCUAUCCGAGUGGAUGAAGGAGCAAAACAUUCCUGGGAUAUGUGAGAUUGACACACGAGCACUGACAAAAGUUAUUACCGAAAAAGGUACUAUAUUAGGUAGGAUAGUUUUGGGUCAACCUCCAAGUACUCUAUCAAAAACGCUUGCUAUAGAAGAUCCUAAUAAAAGAAAUCUCGUUGCGGAAGUUUCUCAGCCGAUUACAAAAACCUAUAAUCCAAAUGGGAGCCCUCGUAUCUGCGUAGUCGACUGUGGUUUAAAAUUCAAUCAACUCAGAUGUCUGUUGAAACGUGGUGCUCGCGUGGACGUCGUACCAUGGAAUUACGAUUUAAAAACUGCCGAAUACGACGGUUUAUUUCUCAGCAACGGCCCGGGUGAUCCCAGCAUGUGUCGAGUGACUGUAGAAAAUAUCCGAGAGAUACUUAAGCAGGAAAAACCUAUCUUUGGCAUAUGUCUUGGGCAUCAACUGCUGUCCAUAGCCGCUGGCUGUGUCACGUAUAAAAUGCAAUAUGGCAAUCGAGGCCACAAUCAACCGGCGACGCAUCGCGAAACCGGACGUUGUUACAUGACCUCGCAGAAUCACGGAUUUUGCGUCGAUGCUGCCCAAUUGCCAGUUGAUUGGGAGAUUCUUUUCACCAACGCCAAUGACAACAGCAAUGAAGGCAUAGUCCACUCAUUCUUGCCCUUUUUCUCCGUCCAGUUUCAUCCGGAGCACACAGCAGGGCCUGAGGACCUCGAAUGUCUUUUCGAUGUGUUUCUAGAAUGCGUGCAAGAUCAGAUCAAUAAUCGUCCUUACGAAUCCGUGAAGAACAAACUCACCGAGAAACUGGCCUAUCGACCUUCGGUUUCGAUCGUAACGGAAAAGCCUAAAAAAAUAUUAAUUCUUGGAUCGGGCGGGCUAAGUAUUGGUCAGGCUGGUGAAUUUGAUUAUUCUGGCUCACAAGCGAUUAAAGCAUUAAAAGAGGAAUCCAUACAGACUCUUUUGAUAAAUCCUAACAUUGCCACGGUACAAACGUCGAAAGGCAUGGCUGAUAAAGUAUAUUUUUUGCCGAUUGUACCGGAAUAUGUAGAACAGGUAAUACGAUCCGAAAGACCCGAUGGUGUUUUGUUAACAUUCGGCGGACAAACGGCUUUAAAUUGUGGCGUGGAACUUGAGAAGAACGGCGUGUUUGCAAAAUAUAAUGUUAAAAUUCUAGGAACGCCAAUCGAAUCCAUUAUACAAACCGAGGACAGAAAGAUUUUCGCGGAUCGUAUUAGCGAGAUAAAUGAAAGAGUCGCACCGAGUGCUGCCGUGUAUUCCGUUCAAGAGGCAUUAGAAGCUGCUGAAAAAUUGGGCUACCCCGUAAUGGCGCGCGCUGCGUUCUCGCUCGGUGGCCUCGGAUCGGGCUUCGCUAACACGAAGGAGGAGCUGAGAACACUAGCGCAACAAGCUCUAGCUCAUUCCAGUCAAUUAAUAAUCGACAAAUCCCUGAAAGGCUGGAAGGAGGUGGAGUACGAGGUUGUUCGCGAUGCGUACGACAACUGCAUCACGGUGUGCAACAUGGAGAACGUCGAUCCGCUUGGCAUACACACCGGCGAGUCGAUCGUCGUCGCGCCGAGUCAGACACUGUCAAAUAGAGAUUACAACAAGCUGCGAACUACCGCGAUUAAGGUCAUCAGGCAUUUUGGCAUCGUCGGGGAAUGUAACAUACAGUACGCGCUCAAUCCAUUCUCCGAGGAAUAUUACAUCAUUGAAGUGAACGCUAGACUGUCCAGAAGUUCGGCUUUGGCCAGCAAAGCUACAGGCUAUCCUCUGGCUUACGUCGCCGCUAAAUUGGCUCUUGGAAUACGCCUGCCGGAUAUUUGUAAUUCUGUUACCAAACAGACGACGGCUUGUUUCGAGCCGAGUCUUGAUUAUUGCGUGGUUAAAAUUCCCAGAUGGGACCUCAGCAAAUUUCAUCGCGUCAGUACGAAGAUUGGUAGUUCUAUGAAGAGUGUGGGCGAAGUAAUGGCAAUCGGUCGUAAGUUCGAGGAAGCCUUUCAGAAGGCAUUAAGGAUGGUCAAUGAGAAUGUGAAUGGCUUCGAUCCUUACGUGAAAUCGCCAAACGACGAAGAGUUGGAGAAGCCGACCGAUAAGAGGAUGUUUGUUCUGGCGGCUUCAAUCAAAGCCGGCUACUCGAUCGAUCGAUUGUACAAACUCACCAAGAUAGAUCGCUGGUUCCUCGAAAAGAUGAAGAACAUCAUCGACUACUACGUGCUCCUGGAAAAUGUCGAUCAUACGAAACUCACGAGCAAUUUGCUGCUGGGCGCAAAACAAAAUGGCUUCUCGGAUAAGCAGAUCGCCGCUAUAGUAAAGAGCUCCGAAUUGGCUGUCAGAAUACAAAGGCAAGAAAAUAAAAUUCGACCGAUGGUCAAACAAAUUGACACAGUGGCCGCUGAAUGGCCGGCCAAUACAAAUUAUCUUUAUUUAACGUACAAUGGCACUACUCACGAUGUCGAGUUUCCUGGUGGCUACACAAUGGUGAUAGGUUCUGGGGUAUACAGAAUCGGCAGCUCAGUAGAAUUCGACUGGUGUGCUGUUAGUUGUCUCCGUGAAUUGCGAAAUCUUGAACGUAAAACCAUCAUGGUGAAUUAUAAUCCGGAAACGGUCAGUACGGAUUACGAUAUGAGCGAUAGACUGUAUUUCGAGGAGAUCUCCUUCGAGGUGGUGAUGGAUAUAUACGAUUGUGAAUGUCCUGAAGGUAUCAUAUUAUCCAUGGGCGGACAACUACCUAACAAUAUAGCCAUGGACCUGCAUAGACAGCAGGCUCGAAUUCUUGGAACCUCUCCGGAGUCCGUCGACGGCGCUGAGAAUCGUUUUAAAUUCUCUCGUAUGCUCGACAGCAUCGGUAUAUCGCAGCCGAGAUGGAAAGAACUGACAAACUUAAAGUCCGCAAUUGAGUUUUGCGAGGAAGUCGGCUAUCCGUGCCUCGUGAGACCUUCGUACGUGCUAAGCGGAGCUGCGAUGAACGUCGCUUACUCGAAUCAUGAUCUCGAAUCUUAUUUGAAAAGCGCGAGCGCGGUCAGCAAGGAGCAUCCCGUAGUAAUAUCAAAAUUUAUCCUCGAGGCGAAGGAGAUCGAUGUUGAUGUCGUGGCUUACGAGGGAAUCAUCCUGUGUAUGGCGGUAUCCGAACACGUAGAAAAUGCUGGUGUUCAUUCGGGUGAUGCCACGUUAGUAACACCACCGCAGGAUAUCAACACGCAAACCCUGGCAAAGAUAAAGAGUAUCUCAAAAGCAGUAGCAGCAUCUUUAGGAGUCACUGGCCCUUUCAACAUGCAGCUAAUUGCGAAGGAUAACGAGCUGAAGGUGAUUGAAUGCAACGUAAGAGUAUCCAGAUCUUUCCCUUUUGUAUCGAAAACUUUAGAUCAUGAUUUCGUUGCAAUGGCAACCCGUUUAAUCGUUGGCGAAACAGUUGAACCCGUAGAUGUUUUAGCAGGCUGUGGAAAAGUUGGCCUGAAAGUACCACAGUUUUCCUUUUCUCGUCUUGCAGGCGCUGAUGUAACAUUGGGUGUCGAGAUGGUAUCUACCGGAGAAGUAGCUUGUUUCGGCGAGAAUCGUUAUGAAGCUUACCUGAAAGGCAUGAUAAGCACCGGUUUUCACAUGCCUGAGAGAGGCAUUUUACUUUCCGUGGGAAGUUUUAAGCAUAAAAUGGAGUUGCUGGAAUCUAUCAGAAAUUUAAAGAACAUGGGAUACAAGUUGUAUGCCAGCAUGGGCACCGCUGACUUUUAUACCGAGCAUGGUGUUGAGGUGGAACCAGUGCAAUGGACAUUCGAAAAUCUCGCCGUAAACGAGGAUUCCAGCCCAAGCCAACUUCGACAUCUCGCCGAUUUCUUGUCGAAAAAGCAGUUCGAUCUCGUGAUCAAUCUGCCGAUGAGAAAUGGCGGUGCUCGACGAGUUUCCAAUUUCAUGACACACGGUUACAGGACGAGAAGAUUAGCGGUUGAUUAUUCAGUGCCUUUAAUCACAGAUGUUAAAUGUGCGAAACUCCUGGUUGAAGCGUUGAGAAUGGUCGGCGGGAAAGCACCGCGUAUGAAAACUCACACUGAUUGCAUGUCAUCGCGCAAAAUGAUCAGAUUACCUGGUCUUAUCGAUGUGCAUGUGCAUACUCGGGAUCCUGGAGCGGUUCACAAGGAGGAUUUCGCCUCUUGCACUGCGGCAGCGCUCGCUGGAGGCAUAACAACAAUUUUUGCGAUGCCUAAUACCAAUCCUGCUGUAGUGGAUCAUAAGACCUUUGCUAUCGCCAAGGCGCAAGCUGCAGCUGGAUCACGAUGUGACUAUGCACUCUUCGCCGGCGCUUCAUCUGAUAAUUACAAUGAUAUACGAGAAUUAGCACCGCAUGUAGCCGCUCUAAAGAUGUACCUAAACGAGACAUUUACAACACUUCGUCUCACUGAUCUCUCUGUUUGGAUUAAGCAUUUCGAAAGCUGGCCAAAAAAGCAUCCCUUAUGCGUGCACGCAGAAGGACAAACCACAGCUGCAGUCCUCUUGCUAGCGAGUUUGCACAACAGGCCAAUUCAUGUGUGUCACGUAGCACGUAAAGAGGAAAUACAAAUCAUUCGCGCUGCAAAAGAACAUGGAUUGGCAGUUACGUGCGAGGUAUGUCCGCACCAUUUAUUCCUUUGCCAGGAUGACCUGGAGCGAAUAGGCAGUGGAAGAGGUCAAGUAAGGCCUACUCUGGGAACAAAGGAGGAUCAACAAGCUCUCUGGGAUAAUAUGGAUGUUAUCGAUUGUUUUGCUACCGAUCACGCCCCUCAUACCGUGCAAGAGAAGUCUUCUGAGAAACCACCACCAGGAUUUCCCGGCUUGGAAACUAUGCUACCAUUGUUAUUGAACGCCGUGCAUGAAGAAAGGCUGACCAUAGAGGACAUUAUAGACAAAUUGUAUCGAAAUCCCAAAAGAAUCUUCAAUAUUCCCGACCAACGUAACACAUACGUCGAGGUCGAUCUGGACGAUGAAUGGACCAUCCCGGAAGCAAUGUCGUACAGUAAAUCGAAAUGGACGCCUUUCACUGGCAUGACAAUUCGCGGUUCUGUGCACAGAGUAGUCUUACGAGGAGAGAUCGCUUACAUCGAAGGGCAAAUACUAGUGAAUCCUGGAUUCGGUCAAGAUAUCAGAGACAUACAGUACAGUACAAAGGCUCCACCAACACUUUACGGAUCGACAGCAUCCAAUCAACUUCAGUCUGAUGCGGUCGUCCACAAACCAUUGUCACUAGAUAGUCUUCUAUCUCCGAACUACGAAAGACCUAGCAUACACGUCGAUUUGCACGAAGAUGAACAAACUGAAUCGUUUACGCAUCUCUUGCAACCGGCAUCAUGCAAGUCGAGCGUUCACUUUGCAGCGUACACAGAUGUAGACAGAGAAUAUUCCAAGACAUUACCGUCUCAAAGAACUAUCUCACCGUUGCCUAUGAGCAAUGUCACCAGGUACAAAAGCGACAGUAAUCCGAAUCUGCUUAUGACUGCGAUUGCUUCGGUUCCAACUGUUCACACAAGCAACAGUCUGAUCGGACAUCACGUGAUUACUGUGGAUAUUUUCAACAAAGAAAUUUUAAAAGAUAUAUUCUCCUUAGCAGAAGCUUACCGAAAUUCUAUCAGAAAAGAGCGACCCUUGGAUCAUAUUUUAAAGGGAAAGAUUAUGGCUUCCAUCUUCUACGAAGUCAGCACAAGAACAUCGUGCAGUUUCGCUGCCGCAAUGGAACGUCUCGGUGGUCGAGUAAUAUACAUGGAUGGGACUACAUCAUCGGUGAAGAAAGGCGAAACUUUAGAAGAUUCAGUAACGGUUAUGGCCGGAUAUGCAGAUGUUGUUGUACUCAGACACUCAGAGCCAGGUGCAGCAACAAGAGUAACUCAGUACUGCAGAAAACCGAUAUUGAAUGCCGGUGACGGAACUGGUGAACAUCCAACACAAGCGUUGCUCGACAUCUUCACAAUCAGAGAUGAAUUCGGAACUGUGAAUGGUCUUACGAUUACUAUGGUUGGGGAUUUGAAAAAUGGUAGAACCGUCCAUUCUCUUGCAAGGCUGCUAACCUUGUACAACGUAGAACUUCGCUAUGUUAAUCCACCUGGCCUUGACAUGCCGAAUCACGUCGUUAAUUACGUAGCCGAACGUGGUAUCCCACAAGAGAGAUUCUCGAGUUUGGAAGAGGCCUUACCCGACACCGACGUACUUUAUAUGACGCGAAUACAAAGUGAGCGUUUCGCCACGCAAGAAGAGUAUCAAAAGAUGUGCGGACUCUUCAUAGUAACCCCGCAGCUAAUGUCUCGAGCAAAGAGGAAGAUGGCAGUAAUGCACCCUCUGCCACGUGUCUUCGAGAUAAGCAAGGAAUUCGACACUGAUCCACGGGCAGCUUACUUUCGGCAAGCGGAAAACGGGGUCUACGUACGCAUGGCAUUGCUGGCCAUGAUCCUUGGACGCAAUUGGUCUGACUGUGGUCACUGUCGUCUGUAGGUCAAGAACCCUGCUGAAAGAGGUCAGCGACGUGUGCCAAGGAAAACACACGUUUGCCAUAUCUACUGUGAUGCGAUACGAGAGAACCAAGCUGAAUAUCUUUUUAAGCAUUCCAAUAUGAACCGUGCUUUUUAAAUUUGAAUUAGUGAAAUCCUGUUUUUGCUUAUUUUCAAUGUUAUAACUUAUGACUAUGAUCAUCACUGAUCAUUCAUUGGUUUUUAGUAGUUCCGAAUUGGAUAUUCUUACUGUUCGGAAUCGAUUAUUAUUGAAAAAUGUGCAUAUAUUACUGAUUGACAUAAGCCUAUCUAAUCAAAUUAUUCAAUGAAUAAUACUGAUUCCCAUUUAAAAAGAGUGAUAAGUUCAGAUAAAUUCAUAAAAAAGUACAAAUUAAAGCAUACAUAUAAUUAAUUACAGAUUCGUUUUUUAUAACGUUUUUAGUUUUUAAACUGUUUUUUAAACCUUUUAUAUUUUUAAAUACUUUCUGUUAAAUUAAUUAAAUGCUUCUUAUUAAACUAAUAUACACGCCUGUAAUUUUGACGAAGCUUUGAUACAUUGCAGCACAAUUUUUACAAAUUUCGAAAA